AUGGCAACUCCCAUCAUGAACGAGAAGAGAGAUGUGAUUGGCUCAACCUUCCUGUGGCGAGAUGAAUGGAGGGAUCGCUACGACAACAAGUUUGAUGUCUUCCGCACUGACGUUGCUCUAGACGAUACCCGAAUCGUUGCUGCAACAAACAAAUAUGCGAUCAAAGACGCAUUCGACGAGCUUCCUCAGAGUCGAGGAAGCCUCAAGCCAAAAGGGUUCCUCUCCGGCGAGCUGUCGGCUCUGAAGAAGAUAAUUCCGAAAAUGCUGAUAACUUUUCAGCUGCGAAGAGGAUAUGGUACCCGGAUCCAGAAUGGAGACGGGACCACCACCACCAUAGGAGUUGACGUGCCCAUCUACAAGGCAAUCACCCUAGAUUUACGGAUGGAACCACUGGCCAUGGAGGAGUAA